AUGGGAAGCCCAAUGGAAUUGCAAAUGCUGGCAGAAGAGCAUCAAAACUUACACAUUAUUAAACUUGAUGUUAUCAGUCAAGAGAGUAUGGACCGAGCCGUGUCUGAGGUGGAACAGCUCAUUCAAGAAGAGGAUAUUAACUUUCUUAUUAACAAUGCUGGCAUUAAUGUUGUAACCGAAUUUGAUACUGUCACUUCAGAGAAAAUGUUGGAAAACCUAUUUACUAGUACCAAUUCUGUUGCUCCAUUGAUGAUCACCAAGGCAAUGUUUCCACUAUUGAAGCAAGCAGCUGCUAAAGGAACAGGCAUGGGCAUCCACAGAACAGCAGUCAUGAAUUUGUCCUCCCUGCUGGGUUCAGUGAAACAAGCCAACACUUUCAAAUGGUACCCCUACAGGACAUCAAAGAGUGCACUAAACAUGGUCACCAGAUGCUUGGCAAUGGAUCUAGAGGCAGAUGGGAUCCUGUAUGGUCUGCAUUUGGACUGGGUAAGCACUGAUAUGGGAGAGCCAGAGAUUGUAGCAUGA